GAGGAUCGUCUUCACAACUUCAGAGUCAAGGUGUUUUGUGAGUUAAUCGGGUUUUAACUUUGACGAUAAUGAGGAUUGUGGCGGUUAUUCCGAUUGUUAUGGUGGUUAUUAGUCAGGUUAAAGCUAGACCAGAACCUCCAGGUUACAGUUAUAGUGCCCCAAGUGGUCCCGUUUCCAGUUAUAACCCCCCGAGUACUAAUUACGGCGCCCCAGCCCCAAAAUACGGACCCCCGGCUCAACCCCCAACCGUCCAUAAACACGUUUACGUCCACGUCCCACCUCCAGAACCAGAAUAUCAUGCCCCAAGAAAACCAAUCGAAUUCGCCCCCGCUCAAAAACAUUACAAAAUCAUCUUUAUUAAGGCACCAACCGCUCCAACUCCAACAGCUCCAGUAAUUCCAGUUCAACCACAAAACGAAGAGAAGACUUUGGUUUAUGUGUUGGUGAAGAAACCGGAAGAACAACCGGAUAUCGUGGUUCCUACUCCGGCUCCUACGCAACCAAGUAAACCGGAAGUUUACUUUAUCCGUUACAAAACUCAGAAAGAGGAAGGAUAUCCCGAUAGAGUACCAAGCCCUCAAUAUGGAGCUCCAAAUCCCCCAUCAUCAUCUUACGGGGCUCCUUAAUUCUCUUAAGGUUGUUAUAGGAUUACGAAAAAAUUGUAAAUAUUUAUAUUAAGUAUCGAAAAUAAUCUGAAAUUUUUUAUCUCAUUGUGUAUUAACUAAGUAUUGAGAGUUAAGUAUUAAGAAUUAAAUAUUAAGAGCAAAGAUAUAAAAAAAACGGUGAUAAAUGAUAGCUUUAUACAAAUACAAACUUAAUGUUUCGUUUAGAUUUAAUUAGUUAAAUUCGUAGCUCGUGUGGUUCUUACAUUAUUAUAAUUAUUUUUUUAAUAAAGUUUGUUUUUAAUUUUUUACAUAACGUUUUUAAGAACUAAGGAUUUCGUUAAUCCCAACGAAAAAGUUAUAUAAGCGAAUCUAAUUCACACUUUUUAUAUUCUUGGGUAUAGGAGGAUCAUAAAAUAUAUAACAUUUUACGUAA